AUGAGAAGCUCAGGCUUCUGUCAGCUUCAGGGACACUUCAAGUUAAACGGGAUGUACCAGGAUGGAGAUCUUAUUAUCGGAGGCCUGUUUGCAUUUCAUCUCAUCACAGUGUUCCCAGAACUGAGCUUCAGACAAGAACCGGAACAACCGUACUGCCAGCGAUUCUAUACGGCAAGCUUCCAGCAGGCACAGGCUAUGGUUUUUGCCAUAAAUGAGAUCAAUCAGAAGCCUAGACUGUUGCCUAACAUCACUCUUGGUUAUCAUCUGUAUGACAACUGUGUGAAGCUGGGAGUUGCGUUCCGGGCUGCAACAGCUCUUGUUAGUGGGACAGAAGAGUCUCUCUCCGAAGUGAACUGUACUGGACCACCACCAGUGAUUGGAAUUGUGGGAGAUCCAGGAUCCACUCAUUGUAUCGCAAUCUCCAGUGUUCUGGGGCUGUUUCGAAUACCUAUGGUGAGCUAUUAUGCCACCUGCUCUUGUCUAAGUGACAGGAAGAAGUACCCCUCUUUUUUCAGAACUAUCCCCAGUGAUGCCUUCCAGGUGAGGGCUAUGAUGCAGAUCUUGAGACAUUUUGGAUGGACAUGGGUCGGUCUUCUUUACAGUGAUGAUGAUUAUGGCACCUAUGCAGCACAGUCCUUCCACCAAGAGGUGCAGUUGUUUGGAGGUUGCGUUGCUUUUUCUGAAAUCCUGCCUCUUGAUAACAACCGUAAAGAUAUUCAGCACAUAGUACAAGUGAUUCAGACCUCCAAAGCUAAAGUGGUAGUGAUUAUCUCCACUGAAGCUUAUUUAUUGGCUUUGAUGGAUGAGAUUGUGUUGCAGAAUGUGACGGGCAGGCAGUGGAUUGCGAGUGAAGCUUGGGCCACCUCUCCUGUGUUUCACACUCCACGUCUCCUGCCCUUCCUGGGGGGCACACUGGGCAUCGCCAUCAGACGUGGAGAGAUCCAGGGACUUUGGGACUUUUUGCUACGCCUGCGUCCUGACAAAAAUCCAAGAAAUAAUAUUGUCAAAAUCUUCUGGGAGAAUAUGUUUGGGUGCAGAUUUGACACGGCAGACAGUGAGAAAGAAAAAACAUGUACAGGUCAAGAGGAUCUGAGCAGCAUAAACACAGCAUACACUGAUGUGUCAGAGCUGAGAGCUGCUUAUAAUGUGUAUAAGGCAGUUUAUGCUCUGGCACAUGCACUUCAUGAUCUGAUGCAGUGUGAGGAGGGGAGAGGACCAUUCAGUGAGAAUACAUGUGGUGACAUAAACAACCUGCAGCCCUGGCAGCUGGUCCAUUAUCUACAGAAAGUGAACUUCACCACAGGUUUUGGGGACCGUGUGUCAUUUGAUGAGAAUGGAGAUGCUCUGGCCAUCUAUGAUGUGAUGAACUGGCAGCCGAGCUCUGAUGGGUCCAUCAUUGUCCGAACAGUCGGUGUGGUGGAUGAAGGAGCGACAACAGGGAAACCUCCGCGGUCUGUGUGUAGUGAGAGCUGCCCUCCAGGUACCAGACGAGCCAGAAGAAAGGGCCUUCCUGUCUGCUGCUUUGACUGCCUGACAUGUGCAGAUGGAGAGAUUUCUAACAAAACAGAUACUAUUGAGUGCACAGUGUGUCAAGAUGAGUUCUGGUCCAAUCCAGAUAAGGAUCAGUGUAUCCCUAAAGAAGUGGAGUAUCUGUCCUAUGAGGAACCUCUGGGCAUCUCUCUGACCACUGCUUCACUACUCGGCACCUGCUUUUGUUCUAUGGUGGUUCUCAUCUUUGCCCAUCAUCGGCACACUCCAGUAGUGCGCGCCAAUAAUUCAGAGCUCAGCUUCCUGCUGCUGCUGUCACUCAAACUGUGUUUUCUGUGUGUGCUGCUGUUUAUUGGUCGUCCACAGUUGUGGAUGUGUCAGUUAAGACAUGCUGUGUUUGGCAUUAGUUUUGUUCUGUGUGUCUCCAGUAUUCUGGUCAAGACUAUGGUGGUAAUAGCCGUGUUCAAGUCAUCUCGACCAGAAGGUAAAAGUGCAAUGAAAUGGUUUGGAGCAGCUCAACAAAGAGGCACAGUCUUGGUACUAACUGCUGUCCAGGUGGUGAUUUGUGCAGUCUGGCUAUCAACUGCUUCUCCCAAACCCCAUAGAAACAGCCAGUACACACGCUCAAAAAUAGUGUAUGAAUGUACUAUAGGCUCAGUAGCAGGAUUUUCCAUGUUACUUGGCUAUAUUGGCCUUUUGGCGGCUGUAAGCUUCAUGUUAGCUUUCCUGGCAAGAAACCUUCCUGACAGUUUUAAUGAAGCAAAGUUUAUUACCUUCAGCAUGUUGAUAUUCUGUGCUGUGUGGAUCACAUUUGUUCCAGCAUAUGUCAGCUCACCAGGGAAAUAUGCAGUGGCUGUGGAAGUUUUUGCCAUUUUGGCCUCCAGUUUUGGUUUACUGGUGGCUAUAUUUGCCCCAAAGUGCUACAUCAUUAUUUUGCAUCCAGAAAGAAACACAAAAAAAGCCCUCAUGGGAAGAUCUUCCUAA